CAACCUUAGCUUUCUUAUUUCUUCCACUUCCUUCCCUCAUUUUCAUUUACCACCGCUAUCUUCCAUCAAUUUGCACACAAGGAAAUUUGAAAACGUGGAGGUUCGUUUGAAAUGGAAAAUAGUGAGAUUGAAGUUGAACAGGUAAACGACAAACCAUACAAUAUGGCAGGAAUUAGUGAAGCUGUGACUAUUGAAGUUGAUCAGGUAAACAACAAACCAUACAAUAUGGCAGGAAUUAGUGAAGCUGAACAAGGUGAACAACCUCGUCGUAAUGUUGUACCACCCAUAAAAGAAAUGAUAGAUAAGUUACCUCCUGUUAAUGAAAAAUGUAGCAUUUUUCGAGUUCCUAAACUGUUACGCAAUAUGAAUCAUAGAGCCUAUACCCCUCAAGUCAUUUCCAUAGGUCCAUUUCACCAUCAUCGAAAGGAUUUGUUAGCCACUGAGCCAUAUAAGCUUCGACGUUGUUUGAACUUUCUAAGCCGUCUAGGUAACGAGAGGGAUUCAUUGGAGUUGCUUAAGAAAAAUACUCAAACUUGGAUGAAAGAAGUUCGAAAUUGCUAUGGAGAGCCCAUAAACAUGAAUGAUAAGGAAUUUGUUAACAUGAUGGUUGUGGAUGGUUGUUUCCUAGUAGAGUUUUUGAUAGAAAAUUAUAACGGAGUCUACCCAAAUACAUGCUUCCAAACUCCAAACAAUUUAGAUCUUACCUUCCACCAAAGAUCUAGCGAGCUAUUUCCUGAUUUGAUUAUGUUGGAAAAUCAAGUCCCUUUCUUCCUUCUUGAAAGUUUGUUUGGCCUCCUACCAAAUAUAACCUCUUGUGUCCACUUUAUAGAAUUAGCAAGUACAUUUUUAGAAUGUGGAUUUGCUUACAAUUGUUCUUUUUCUAAGGCACCAUUGGAAAAACCUAAGCACUUUGUCGAUUUGUUAAGCUUCUACUUCGUUGUCCCCAAGACGCCUCUAGAGGACAUCAAGAUAAAUCCUCCAUCGAUAACUGAGCUUCAUGAGGCUGGUGUCACCAUUAAGAAAGCAGAAAAUGUCACAAAUGCAAUGAACCUAAGCUUCAAAAAUGGGAUUUUCACAAUCCCACCUUUAACUAUUGAUGAUGUCUUCGAACCCACCAUGCGAAAUCUGAUAGCAUUUGAGCAUUUUCCCUUGGAAAAUGAAAACAAGUGUAUCCAAUAUAUCGAAUUUAUGGAUGAUUUGAUAAGCACAGAGAAAGACGUGAAUUUACUUGUAAAAGCUGGUAUCAUAAUCAACCAUAUUGGAGGCAGUAAUAAAGAAGUUUCAAAAUUGUUUAACAAUCUCUGCAAAUUUGUUGAACUACCAUGUAACAGUAAGUUCAACAAUACCAGCAAAGCUUUACGUAAGCAUUGUGAUGGACGAUGGAACAAGGCACGAGCUUCACUUAUGCAUAACUAUUGUAAUACGCCAUGGGCUUUCAUCUCCUUCUGUGCUGCAACUUUGCUUAUUAUUUUAACUCUCGCUCAAACUAUAUUCUCUGGGAUAUCUGCAUUUCCUAGUAAACCUUAGA